UCUGGUAAUUGGAAGACGACGACGACGACGACGACGAGAACCCAAAAAAAAAAAAAAAAAUCAUCAUCAUCAUCAUCAUCCGUCCUCAUCACGUCUCUGCAGCUGAAGUACUGGUACGACUGCUGGCCGGGGGGCUGAGGAGCGUAGAUAUCAGAAUGGGAAGAGCUCCGUGCUGUGAGAAAGUUGGGCUGAAGAAAGGAAGAUGGACGGCUGAGGAAGACGAGAUUUUGACCAAGUAUAUUCAGGCCAAUGGGGAAGGCUCCUGGAGAUCACUACCCAAGAAUGCCGGAUUACUGAGGUGUGGGAAGAGUUGCAGAUUGAGAUGGAUAAACUACUUGAGAGCUGACCUAAAGAGAGGGAACAUAUCGUCCGAGGAAGAAGAGAUCAUAGUAAAAUUACAUGCUACAUUGGGAAACAGAUGGUCUUUGAUAGCUAGUCACAUGCCAGGAAGAACAGACAACGAGAUAAAGAACUAUUGGAACUCUCACUUGAGCAGGAAAAUCCAUAUCUUUAGAAGGCCAAUCACAAGUGCAACUAAUACUAGUCCUACUGAUCAAACCAUACCAAAGAUCACUGAUUUAACCAAAGUACUGAAUGUUCCACCAAAGAGAAAAGGCGGUAGGGCGAGCCGAUUAGCUUCCAUGAAGAAGAAGAAGAAGAAGAACAGGAGCAAUAUUGUUAAUAACAACAUGCAAGAAGAUCAUGGCUCAAGUAGUACUGUUUCGAAGAACAAGACAAAUGAUCCGAAAGAUCAAGGCUCAUCAUCAUCUGCUAAUGAUGAUCAUGAUCAUGGUGAAGUGGUGAUCAAUCAUGAGUUGGAGAUUCCAGAGCCGCAAACUCCAACAAUGGAGAAGGAGAUCACUAGCUUGUCCCUUAAAGCCCUGGACUGCGACGUUGACGAUCAUAAGGACCUCGACGACUACCUUCUAACCGAGCCAAUCAGUCCUCCUUGUCAUGAAGCUGAUCAUGAUCAUGAUGAUCAAUCAGGAUCAGGAAUAGCACAAGCUGGCUCAUCAAGUGAUGGAGAGAAGAAGAUCACAUCGACGGAUCAAAACUCAUCAACAUUGUUACUUUGCCCUAGCUUUACUGAGGAGGAGGCUCUGGGACCAUAUGAUGAUAAAGAGGGCAUGUUGUGCUUUGAUGACAUAAUUGAUAGCGAGUUGCUGAAUCCAAGUGGGGUUUUGACUUUAAGCGAGGACAGCAUAGGAAGUAUUGGGGCAGCACAAAAUAAUAAUACAAUUUGCACGAGUCCAAACAAAGACAUCAAUAAUAGCGGUAAUUUGAGCUCAAAUGGAGACCAAAUUUGUACUACUGAGUCUUGGUUUUCGAGCUCUUCAAUGGCUUCAUCAGGUAUUAAUUUUGACGACGGUGGAGUUGAUUUGUGGGGUUGGGAAAAUACUAGCAAAUCGACUGUGGCGCUAGGGCAUGAUCAUCAUCAUCAUCAUCAUGAAGAGGCAAUGUGGGACCAGGAGAAAGAAAAAAUGUUGUCCUUGUUGUGGGAAAGUGAUAAUUGGGAAGGUGAUCACGAAGACGAUAAUAAUCACAAAUUUGGAUCGGAGAUUAUUAACUCCGACAAGCAAAACGCUAUGGUCGCUUGGCUUCUCUCCUGAUGAUCAAGAUUGAUUUAUUAUUUUGAUUUUUCUCUUAUUUUUCAGUUUUAGCCCCCUUCACCUUUUCUUUUUUUCUUUGGUUUGUAAAAAAGUACCCAUGUGUUUGAGAGACGACGUCGUUGAGUGGUGGUAAUUAAGUAGUAGUUAGUUUCAUUUUUACUCUCAGCCAGUGUUUUUAAUCAUUUGAUAUGUGUGAUUUUUUAUUUUUUAUUUUUCCCUUUCUGUGGGAGUGCUUCGCAUUAAUGUGUUAAAUCUGUAGGGGACUCGAAUUGUGAAAAUAACUGGUCUAAUUCAAGAACAACACAUCUAGAAGGAUCUGUUAAUUAAUGUUGUGCAAUUUUAAUGGUCCUGUUUCUUUUUUUGUUUUUGUUUUUUUCUUUCCCCUUUCUUUUUGGCAGUAAUAGUUGUGAUUUUGGGCCAUGGUGGGGUCUUCUGUCUGACUGUAUCCAGUGGCGUGUUGGUCCUUUAGCGACCCAAAUGUCAUUGUAUUGUACCAAAUGUGUGUCUUUGAUCUUGGUCAUGUUUA